AUGAUCCAAAAAAAACUUUCUUUCUAUCCUUCAUUUUUCCUCCUUCCUUCCUCCAUCCUCUCCCUCCAUUCUUUUUUUUUUCCUUCCUUCCUUCCUUCCUUCUUUUCGUUCUUUCAUUUAUUUUUUUUUUUUCCCUUCAAUUUUUUUCCUUCCCCUUUUCCUCCCCCUCCUUCCUUCCUUUCUUCCUUUCUUUAUCGCUUCUUUAUUUCAUUCUUUUCUUUUUAUUCUUUCUUUCUUUCCUUUUUUCUAUUUUUCUUUUCUAUCCCUUCAUCUUUUCGUUCCAUUCGUUCCUCCUUCUUUUCUUUCUUUUUUUUUUCUUUCUUUCUUUUCUUUCUUUCUUUCUUUCAUUUUUUUCCUUUUCCUAAUUCCUUCUUUUUCUUUUUUUUUCAUUCUUUCUUUUCUUCUUUUUUUUUUCUAUCUUUCAUUUUCCUCCUUCGUCCCCUCCUUCUUUCCUUUCCUUUUUUUUUUUUUCUUUCUUUCUUUUCUUCCCUUCAUUUUUUCCUUCCUAUUUUUUUUUUUCUUUUUCUUUUUUUCGUUCUUUUUUUUUUCUCUUUCGUUCGUUUCUUUUUUUUUCCCUUUUUUCCUCCACCUCCUUCAUUGCUUUGGUUUCUUUUCGUUUUUUUAAAAUGUAUUUCUUUCGUUUUUUCAUUUAUUCUUUAUUCCUUUUCUUUCAUUCUUUUUUUUUUUUUUUCCUUCAUUUUUCUCCUAUUUUUUUUUUUUUUUUUCAUUUUUUCUGUUUUUCCUUCUCCAAUUCAUUUUUUAUCUAUCUAUCUACCUAUCUAUCUAUUUUUAUUUAAUUACCUAUCUAUGUUCCCAUUUCCUGUUUUUUCUUUCUUUUUUUUAUUUCUUUUUAUUUUUUCAAAAAUUUUAAAAACCAAUUUUUCUUUUUUAUCUACUUCUUUUUCCUUCUUUUUUUUUCUUUUAUUUUUAUAUCCAAAUCUUUUCCCUUUCUUCAUUUCUCUAAUAUUCAUUCAUUCAUUCUUUCAGCAACUUUUUUUUAAAUUUUUUUUGGUCUUUCUUUCUUUCCCUUUAUAUUUCCUUUUUGUUCCUUUCCCGCCUUUCUUGAAUUCUUAUAUGAUUUUCUAUAAAUCUAUAUAUCUCGUUUAUAUUCCCCACCCUUUUUAUUUCCCUUGCUUCUCUCGUUUCACCCCUCUCUAUUUUAACUCACUCCCUCUCUGUCAUUUCUUCAUUUCAUCUCUAUCUCCUCCUAUUUUUUUUCAAAUCAUUUUUCUGGUCAUAUCUAUCUAUCUAUCUAUCUAUCUAUCUCAACAUUAUUCAUUCUAUCUAUCUAUCUAUCUAUCUAUCUAUCCCAACAUGUUGAUUAUCUAUCUAUCUAUCUAUCUAUCUAUCUCAAUAAGUUUCUAUCAAUCAGUCAUUCUAUCUAUCUAUCUUAGUAUAUUCAUUAUCUAUCUAUCUAUCUAUCUAUCUAUCUAUCUCAAUAAUAUAUUCAUUAUCUAUCUAUCUAUCUAUCUAUCUAUCUAUCUAUCUCGAUUUUUCCCCUUUCCUUCAAUCUGUCGGCAAGUGACGGCGGCACUCCUUCCGUCUCAAACCCGAUGCCAAAGCUCCGAAUAG